AUGCCCUCCAGCAACCCGUUGCCACCCAAAGAAAAUGCAUUGUUUAAGCGAAUUCUGAGGUGUUACGAACAUAAACAAUACAAAAAUGGGUUAAAGUUUGCUAAACAGAUCUUAUCGAAUCCCAAGUUCAGCGAACAUGGGGAGACCUUGGCGAUGAAAGGUCUUACUCUUAACUGUUUAGGUCGCAAAGAAGAAGCUUAUGAUCAUGUCCGACGUGGCCUCAGAAAUGAUCUACAGUCUCAUGUUUGCUGGCAUGUCUAUGGUCUCCUACAGCGCUCUGACAAGAAAUAUGAUGAGGCUAUCAAAUGUUACAGAAAUGCGCUUAAGUGGGAUAAGGACAAUAUUCAAAUUCUUAGGGAUCUGUCGUUGCUACAAAUUCAGAUGCGGGAUCUGGAGGGUUAUAAGGAUACCAGAUAUCAGUUGUUUAUGUUACGUCCUACUCAACGAGCUUCUUGGAUUGGUUUCGCUAUUUCGUAUCAUUUGUUGAGAGACUAUGAGAUGGCAUUGAAAAUUUUAGAUACUUUUCGAAAUUCUCCAAUGAUUUGUUACGAUUACGAACAUAGUGAGUUGCUGUUAUAUCAGAACAUGGUCAUUCAAGAAUCAGGAGAAAGUGAACAGGCGUUAAAACAUUUAGACAAGUAUAAUGAUCAAAUUUGUGACAAGGUUACUGUAAAAGAGACUUAUGGUAAAUUAAGACUUCAAUUGAAACAGUUCGCAGAAGCGGAACAAGUUUAUAAGGAGCUAUUAGAUAUUAAUCCUGAAAAUACAACAUAUUACACUAGGCUAGCAGAAGCUGAGAGACACUCUGUACCGGGUGAAACGUUACAUAUGCUCCAAAGAUACGAAGAACUCUUUCCUCGAGCAUUAGCGCCACGCCGUUUGCAACUCAAUUAUGCGACAGGAGAUGAAUUUAAAGUAUUAGUGGAUCGAUAUUUACGAAGAGGGCUUCAUAAAGGUGUACCGCCAUUAUUUGUCAAUCUUCGUUCGUUAUACACCGACAAAGAUAAGGUCGAAGUCAUAUCAUCUCUACUUGUGCAAUACAAGGAGGCAUUAAAACUUCAUGGCCAUUUUAGCGAUCAGGAGAAAGAUAAUCCAAGAGAACCGGCAUCUGCUUUAUUAUGGACAUAUUAUUAUCUAGCACAACAUUACGAUUAUCUCGGUCAAACAGAAAAAGCGUUGAUUGAGAUAGAUGCUGCCAUAGAUCAUACGCCUACGCUUAUCGAACUUUUCGUUACUAAAGGACGCAUUUAUAAGCACGCGGGGAAUGUUCAAGAAGCUUAUAAAUGGCUGGACGAGGCGCAGGGAUUAGAUACAGCUGACCGAUAUAUUAACUCUAAAUGUGCCAAGUACAUGCUCCGUGCGAAUCUUAUUAAGGAAGCGGAGGAGACGUGUGGGAAAUUCACGAGAGAAGGAGUUUUAGCUAUGGAAAAUUUGAACGAAAUGCAAUGUAUGUGGAUUCAAACAGAAGCAGCCAAUGCGUACAAACGGCUUGGAAAAUACGGGGAGGCGUUGAAAAAAUGUCACGAAGUUGAUAGGCAUUUUUCGGAAAUCAUAGAGGACCAAUUCGACUUUCAUACAUAUUGUAUGCGAAAAAUGACAUUGCGCUCUUACGUUGGUCUGCUAAGGCUAGAAGACGUUCUUCGUGCUCAUCCGUUUUACUUCAAAGCAGCGAAAUGUGCAAUGGAAGUUUACCUGCGACUGCAUGACUAUCCUUUGCCGGAUCCAGCACAAACGCAAGAAAUCGACACUGAAAAUUUGGCGCCAUCCGAGCUGAAGAAGUUGAGAAAUAAACAGAGAAAACAGCGUAGAAAGGCCGAAUUGGAGCGGCAGCAAGCUGCCCAAGCUCAGGAAAAAAGAGAACAGCACAACAAAUCUCGACAGCAGAACGACCCUGAUCUCGAACAGCCCACAUUAGAUGAAUUAAUUCCGGAAAAGCUGGAGAGGAUCGAGGAUCCACUGGAACAAGCAAUAAAGUUUCUGCAGCCCUUACAGGAAUUGGCGUCGAAUAAAAUAGAGACGCAUCUUAUGGCUUUCGAAAUAUAUAUCCGCAAAGGCCGUACUCUCCUUAUGCUACGCUCAAUAAAACGUGCUCACAGGCUGGACGCGAACGAUCCAGACCUACAUACGUGCUUGGUGCGUUUUCUGUUGCACAUCAACAAAUCGCCGCUGGAAGGAGCGGUGGGCGAGGUUGUAAAACGUCAAACUGCCGGAAUCUUCUCCAGUACCAAGGCCGCUCCAUUGAACGCUGAGUACAUGAAGAAGAACAGAAAUUCGCUGCCGCAUCUGCUGCAAGGCGCGAGGAUGUUAUACGUUCUGGAGCCGUCCGCGCAGACGAAGGCGCUGUCCCUCGUGACGAAUAUUGAGGAACUCGAAGAUGUAACGCUGCAAAACUGCACGAAGGUCCUGGAGGCGCUGCGCAACGGCGAUUUUGGACACUGCGAUGAUACGAUAGCCGAUUACAUGGCGAAAUGCCACGCGCGGUUCCCGUUCGCCACUGCAUUUCGGCCGCCCGAGCCCAAAACUAAUAAUCAUCAAGAAAAAGAGAACUCGAUCAAGAACUGAUCCAGGCACGCGCUAUUGCAGCGUCGUCACUGAAUCGCUUAUCGUAGUUAGGCGAGUCAAUCAAUCGAGAAAUGAGGUGCGGAACGUUCUGGUCUGCGCUAGAGGAUUAGCUCAGUUAAUAUCAUUACAUUUUGUUGGCUCAAUACCUUAAAAAGUGGUUCAAAAUCACCUUUUCAGUGUUGAAGCAAAAAGAUGCAAAGAUAUCAACCGAAAUGACUAAUUGAAUAAAGCAUGUGUUAUACGCGAACUGUUCCUCGAGAGUAUUUCAUGUAGUGCGAACAGUGCUGAGAUAGUGCUGGAUAAACAAUCCUAAUAAAUUAUAAUACGACGCGGAUCUACGACUUCGAUACGGUCCGCAAUUUUAUGGGAAUGAAAAAAAAAGGGAAAAGAGAGGACGAUAUAGCUAAAUAUUAAUUAACAAUCGAAACCAAUCAAUUUGACACGUUCUGCUUAUUGUGAACGGCGACGCUAAACACAAGGGGAGGGAUGGGGAUCGGGGUGAAAAGGAAAUAGUCGACGAAAGUGCGGACUGUUUAGUGUACGAGACGUGCAGUGUGUAAAAUAAGACGUGCGAGACUAACACAUUGGUACAAAAAGACAAGACUUAUAUACAUACAUACAUACGCGCGCUCUAUGCAAUUAUUUCUACUCGACGUUAAGGUGUACAAUUUCCAACGAUGCCUACAUAAUACUCUACUGUGUAGAGGCAGAAAAACGCUAGACGAUCAUCGAGCACCGAGUACUGUACUGUGCAUGUCCGUCGUCGCAUUGGAUGAACUCCGUUCCCGCAUCGUGCACUUCUGGUUCGCCUCAUCCGAUGAACUGUUGAUUCGAGUGAACAAAAAUGAUCUAACGCUUUUCCUCCUAGGUAUACAUUUGAGUUCUUUUUUGCCCAGGGUAAUGAUCUACGUUUGGAUUGGAGCCCUGAUAUUCCAUCGAGCAGUCGAUAAGGAAAUAGUGUCCGUUUGCGAAAGUCUCUGUGAAAGUUACUAUAGGAACGAUACUGCGUAUUGUAUACGCCAACUACCAAAGUAUAUCAUAAAUCGAAAAGCCGUUAGUGUGUUGAUAGCGAAUAUCAUCGUACGUAUGUACACAUACGGAUUGCAGAAAUUUUAAUAAACACGAAAGGUUUAAAACCGGUACAAUUCAAAGAAUGUUAUGAUUACCUCGUUUAAUUUCGGGAAUAACGCUACAUAUUUAUAAGUUUUCAAUUUUUUCGUAAACAAAUUUUUGAAAUGACAUAGAAUAUGUAUACUACUGAACUAAUUAAUAAUGUUUGUACAUAUUUCGAGUACUAUAUCAAUAAGUGUAUAUGUCUUACAAGUUUCUUUCAAUGAGCGACAAAAUGAGUUUGCCGCUGAUCAAUAUUGUCUGAAUGUUAAUCACCUACUCAAACACGUCAUAACAGUAAUCAUAAACAUAUAGUAGAUAUCUACUACGUUUGAUUGUAUUAGUUAUAAUAUAUAUUUACCUCCUUAAUCACUCUCGUAAAAUAUCUCAUACUGGCUAUCACAAAACGAGAAGUGAUAAAUCGAUGGAAUAAUCUAAUGAAAUAAGAUCGUUUAUCUUUGAAAGAAAUAAUCAUUUUUCAUCUGUUUCUUCCGUAAAUGCAUGGAAAAUUCUUUCUCAAAAUUAUAAAAAAAAAGAGUUGACAUUGUGAAAUUCAAUAUGCUUGCUUUUGUUGCUACUAAUAAAAUUUAACUGUAAUUUAAUGGCGAUGGGUUGUACAAUUAUUUAUAUUGAUUAUAAAUGUAUACUCAACAUAAAUAAUUUGCUAAUUACAUUCCACUGUCAUCAAGCUACACUCUUUUCUUAUUAGCGAUAAAAAGCGGACUUGUUACAUUUUGUGAUAAUAAUUUUUUUUAAUUCUAAUAAAAACAAUUCAUUAAUAUGUACAAUUAUCACCAAAAACAAUUGGACUCCAUGACCGUGCAUGUACCGAAGACUAUAAUCUUUUUAAAUCUUUUAUAUAUUGUGUUCAUUUAAGUAUGUUUCCUACAAAAAGUACUGUGAAUCCUGUACGUAUAAAUACCUUGAAAAAGUUUACAUAUUGCUCCAAUCUUUACCGGAGGUUAUUACCUCGAUAUAAAAAUUUGUAUCAAGCGCAUAGACACAGACAUCAAAACAUAGAAAAUAAAUAUUGCUAAUUGCGAAUUGAA